GCUUUCGUCAAGGAGCAGAAGGAAGCAAGAUGGCGGCCCUGUAGGAGCGGGGAGCGCGGCGCCCGGCUGUGCGUGCUGGAUGUCGGCAAGGCUGAGGGACGCGGCAGAGAUACGUUCAGAGGGUAGCUUUGUGGAUGGCCCCGGAGCAGGCCAGAUGGAACAGGACAGAACCAACCAUGUUGAAGGCAAUAGAUUGAGUCCAUUUCUAAUACCACAAUCUUCUCACGUUUGCCAGGCAGAGCCUUCUGUGGUAAAGCUACAGAAUGGAAGUCCAGCAACAGAGAGGCCUGAAGUUGAAGUAAAUGGAGACCACAAGUGGCUAUUCAUUAAAAGCAACUAUGGAGUGCCCCACCUGAAGGGAAGUCCUAACAACCGCGUUAGCCCUGACCUUUUACAAGAAAAGAAGGUAUAUUCCAAAUAUAUGCAAAAUGGUGGGAUAAAACGCACUUUUAGUGAGCCCUCUCUGUAUGGACUUCAUGAGAGCAAGAAAGCGAAACAAGACAAAGAUGUAAAUGGAGAAAAAGCUGAGCCAGAGGAUAAUAAUGAAAAACCAAGUGUCUCCAAUUGUUACAGUGAGAAGAAACAUGAGAGUUUUACAGGACAAGGAAAUGAAGUUUCAGAUUUGAUACAGCCUACAAGAUACAACAGUGGUGGUUCAGAAAACCCUCAUGACGUCCUGAUUCAGGGUGAGCAGGAGCAGGAAAAUAUUCAUUGCCACAACAGGGACAUUGUCUUACUACUUAAGAACAAGGCAGUGCCAAUGCCUAAUGGUGCUACAGUUUCUGCCUCUUCCAUGGAAAGCAUGCAUGGUGAACUCCUGGAGAAAACACUGUCUCAAUAUUAUCCAGAACAUGUUUCCAUAGCAAUGCAGAAGAACACAUCUCAUAUCAAUGCCAUUACCAGUCAGGCUACUAAUGAGUUGUCCUAUAAGACAACGCAUUCAUCCCAUACCUCAGGGCAGAUCACUUCCCCACAGACCUCAAACUCUGAGCUGCCUCAAGUGCCAGCUGUAGUGGUUACUGAGGUCUACAACACAGAAGACUCCAGUAAACCACCUGUAUUGCCAGGUAGCUGUUUGCUUCAGAAACCAGAACUACAGCUACAGCAACAGAUUCCAGGCUACGAUCCACACCAGUUACCCAUAGGAAACAGUACUGUUCGUGGAAGCGUAGGGCAGGUUCCCAACCAAGACCUCUCUCUAAGUUCCAGCAGUAACCUGCAAGCUCAGAGUGCCGCUCUUGAAAGGUUUUCUGAGCAAGCAGAAAAAAAUGGUGCUUUCUUUAAACAGAACUCAAUGUUUCACAAAGAUUCCUCCACUCCUCCUGCUCCGGAAAAAAACAGUGCACUGUCUGUCGUGGUGCGAGAAGGACACCAUUUCUAUGACAACAGAUGUGAUGAAACUCCUCCUGGGGAGAUAAAGAAUGAAGGGCAACAGCAGGGACCAAUGUCAGAAAGUCCUGGCCUCAGCCAACACCAACUUCACCCUCAGCAGAGACUUCCGCAGCAGGCACAAACGUCACAACAAGAUGCCAGUGAAAGCAACCCGCAAGCUGCUGUGGCCGCCUCAAUUCAGCAGUGCCCAGAAGAAAUUAUGCCGGCGUCAAAGCCUCCCCUCCAAAACCUGCAAGUGCGCGGAAGCAAGGGUGAGUUGCAGCAACACUAUCAGCAUUUCCCAGGACAGAGGGAGCCCGAGAUUCCUCCUGACAAAGCAAAGGACCAAGUGAAAGAGCCUGUGCCACAGGCUCAACGUUAUUCAAAACCAGUCUGGAUAGAACUGGUUUCCCCCCAGUUGCGCCAGGAAGAGCCUCCCCAAAAGCCUGGUGAAGCAUUAUUGCGAUCAAUUCUUCAGUUCCAGGCAAACACAGCCGAAACAGCCUAUACAAAACAGUAUGCUGGAAGUCCUGAUGCAGUAAAGGGGCCUUCAGGACAGCCCCAGAGCCAGAAGAUAAUGCAACAGGAACAAAUUCCUCUGCUGUACAAACGUGAGACCUCCCAGCUGCAGCCGCAUCCCACAGCUGACCAGCAGCUGCCGUUCCAGAAACACUCACCGCAGCCACAGCUCACAAAGGUGGAUUCCUUACUCAAGUCCCAAGUGCAGCAACACCCUCCGCAGCAGCUCCAAUUCCAGCAAAGACCAGAACAACAAGCCGAACAGCCUUUAGGGGCCCCGUUGAAACAGCAGCACUUGAAUCCCCAGCCAGGGGAAAAUGAGCAAUUCUUGCAUUCGCACAUUUUGCAACAGAUGCUUCAAAAACAGGCACAGCAGGUGCAAAUGCCGUGCAGUUCGCAGCUAACCCCAAACCAGCAACAGGCUCUGCAAAUGAAAAAUAAAGACCUGCCCCAAACCAUUUCCCACUCCCAAAGCAAUGCUGAGCAGCAACUAGACAGGACCUCCUUCAAUCAGCUUAAAGUAGAGGAGUGCUUUCAAACUGGGAAUAAGUACAUGAAAUCAAGUGCAUUCCCACUGCAUAACCCUCGGCUAGGCCUAGAGCAGGUUCAGAGCAUGAACAACAAAGCUCCCCUUUACACUCAGAAAGCAAACGCUGGUCUGCAGCAUCCCUGCCCAAACAACAUGCACUUGAUUUCUGAGAAGAAAGAAAACGCCGCAAAUAUCGAACGUUUUGGAGCCAACAAAAUGCAGGACUUGCAACGUGUGCAGUAUUUUUCAAAUAACUUGACUGCAAAGCAAGAUGUGAAUCACUGUUUUCAAGAACAAGAGCAACAGACACAACAAGCUUCAGUUUUACAGCUACCACCACUCCAGCAAACACAAUGCUAUGGUGGUAGUCUGAACCAAGAUCUCCCGAGCCAACAAGCUACACAGAUUCCUCAGCGGUACUUACCACACAGCCAGCAAACUGCCCCACAUGCCCAAGACCAGAGAGGCUGUCAUUUGCAGUCCCAACCCCCUAAGGAUUUUCAAAAGCAUGCUGCUCUAAGGUGGCAUCUCUUGCAAAAACAGGAGCAACAAGCAUACCAGCAACCCAAAACCGAGAUUGGUCCCAGUGCAGCACGCAAGCCUAUAAAAAUUGAGGCUGGCACAAAGUCUAAUGUCUGUAUGCGUCCAUCAGCUGGACAGCUGGAAAACAAAAUGUGGAGGAAAACAAUUAAACAAGAGAAUCAGCACUUCAGCUGCGAGAACAUGCAACAAAAAAGCAUCAUUGAGACAAUGGAACAGCAGCUAAAACAGAUACAGGUCAAAUCACUGUUUGAUCACAAGACUUUUACUAUCAAAUCGCCUAAACAUGUGAAGGUUGAAACAGCAGGCCCUAUAACCAUCCUAUCAAGAAAUACCGGUGCUGCAGAUUUUGACACUCAGACCCCGAUCUCAGAUCAGCUAGCAAACUCGUCUGCUGAGAAAACCCCGACCAAAAGAACAGCUGGAACUGUUCUCAACAAUUUUUUAGACUCACCUUCCAAGUUAUUGGAUACUCCUGUAAAAAAUUUAUUGGACACACCUGCCAAAACCCAGUAUGAUUUCCCAUCUUGCAGCUGUGUUGAGCAAAUUAUUGAAAAAGAUGAAGGUCCUUUCUAUACCCAUCUAGGAGCCGGUCCUAAUGUGGCAGCUAUUAGAGAAAUCAUGGAAGAAAGAUUUGGACAGAAGGGUAAAGCUAUAAGGAUUGAGAGGGUUGUCUACACUGGGAAAGAAGGCAAAAGUUCUCAAGGAUGUCCAAUUGCUAAAUGGGUAGUCCGCAGAAGCAGUCAGGAGGAAAAGCUACUCUGCUUGGUGCGCGAGCGAGCAGGCCACACGUGUGAGACGGCUGUGAUUGUGAUUCUCAUCCUGGUCUGGGAGGGAAUCCCAACAAGCCUGGCCGACAAGCUCUACUCCGAACUCACUGACACCCUGAGGAAGUAUGGCACGCUCACGAACCGGCGGUGCGCCCUGAACGAAGAACGGACUUGCGCAUGUCAAGGGCUGGACCCUGAAACUUGUGGUGCUUCAUUUUCCUUUGGUUGCUCCUGGAGCAUGUACUACAAUGGUUGUAAGUUUGCCAGAAGCAAGAUUCCAAGAAAGUUUAAGCUGAUGGGGGAUGACCCAAAAGAGGUUGGUGUCCAUUUUCUACACAAACAUAUCACCGUUACAGUGCCAGACACUGAAACCAUGCACUGCAUGUGUCGUCAAGGAACAAAGUACAGAUAUAAAAUUGCCAUCGAAUUGCUCGAUUUUAUUUGCCUUCAAGAUCCGUAUGUUGCCACCUCCAAGACGUUAGGAGACUUGCAUGUUGUCACGGCAGAGCAUUCAGUGCUCAUUCCAUGUACUGGAGCACCCAGCUCGGUUGCAGUGAUACCUGUCAUCUCUUUCCAGAUCGAGUAUGAACACAGAGCACCCGAGUGUCGCCUGGGUUUAAAAGAAGGUCGCCCAUUCUCAGGAGUCACUGCCUGCCUGGAUUUUUGCGCUCAUGCUCACAGAGACUUGCACAAUAUGCAGAACGGGAGUACACUGGUUUGCACACUAACUAGAGAAGACAAUCGUGAAAUUGGCCAAACACCAGAAGACGAGCAGCUCCACGUGCUCCCAUUAUACAAAGUCUCUGAUGUGGAUGAGUUCGGAAGCACUGAAGGCCAGGAGGAGAAGAAGAGGAAUGGCAGUAUCCAGGUCCUUACCUCCUUUCGCCGAAAAGUAAGGAUGUUAGCAGAGCCAGUUAAGACCUGUCGGCAAAGGAAGCUAGAAGCAAAGAAAGCAGCUGCAGAAAAGCUUUCCUCCUUGGAGAAUGGGUCUAGCAAAGCUGAAAGAGAUAAGUCUGCUGCAGCACGCAACAAGCAAGGCAACUCUGAGGCGGCAGGUCAUGCAAAGCAGCUAGCAGAUCUUUUACGCCUUUCAGGACCAGCCACACAACAACAGCAGCAGCAGCAGCAGCAUCCACAGGGCACUCUCCCUAACAACCCUCAGUCAAAUCCUAUUAACUCUUACUCGGGUUCAGGUUCUGCAAAUCUCUAUGUAAGGUUGUCUAAUCCAGCCAGUGCUUACCCAAGCUCUUCGUACACUUCAGAUCCCUAUGGAGGGUCCAGUCCCAUGAACCUCUAUACAACCUCAUCACAGCCUGUGGGGUCUUAUUUGAAUUCUUCCAGUCCCAUGAACCCUUAUUCAGGAUCAUUAAGUCAAAAUAACCAAUAUCCACCCUACCAAUGCAAUGGAAACAUACCUAUGGACAACUGCCCCUCUUACUUGGGCUCCUACCCUUCCCAGCAUCAGCACAUGGACUUGUAUAGUUGCCAGAGCCAAGACCAUAUGUCUAAACUACGUCUACCACCCAUUCAAACGUUAUACCAGCAUAGGUUUGGGAAUAACCACGGUUUUGGUCCCAAGUACUUGAAUUAUGGAAACCAAAAUACGCAGGUAGACUCCUUCAGUAACUGCGCCAUUAGACAAAACGUACACCACGUAGGGUCUUAUUCCUCUUACUCCACCCAUGAGGCUGACAGCCAUUUUAUGGAGGUUGCCUCAAGGUUAAAACCUAAUCUGAGUAAUGCGAGCAUGGAUUAUGCCUCCAUGAGUAAAACCAGUGAACAUCAUCACGUGCAGCCCCCUCCACAUUUGGCACACGACUACCAUUCUGCUCCAAGUAUGUUUAGUGGUCCUCCUAAUUCACUGCAUCUCCAAAAUAAGGAUAGCGAAAUGAUUUCACACGCAGUUAAUGGUUUGUCUAACAUGCUUCCAGGUCAAAACCAUGAUAGGACUACUCCCCAGGGUGGUUUAGAUAAAACCGAUGUGCUGAAUCCAGAAAAAGCAGAGGAUCCCGAUGAAGUCUGGUCAGAUAGCGAGCAGAGCUUUCUGGAUCCAGAAAUUGGAGGAGUGGCAGUUGCUCCAUCUCACGGGUCAAUUCUCAUAGAGUGCGCAAAACGUGAGCUCCACGCAACGACCCCCUUAAAAAAUCCCAACAGGAACCACCCCACCAGAAUAUCCCUUGUCUUUUACCAGCACAAGAGUAUGAAUGAGCCAAAACACGGUCUGGCUCUGUGGGAAGCAAAGGUGGCCGAGAAGGCAAGAGAGAAAGAAGAGGAAUGUGAAAAGUACGGUCCGGACUACGUGCCUCAGAAAUCUUACGGCAAAAAAGCGAAGCGGGAGCCCGCCGAGCCGCAUGAACCCUCAGAGCCAACGUACGUCCGUUUCAUCAAGUCUCUUGCACAAAGGACGCUGUCGAUCACCACAGACUCCACAGUAACUACAUCUCCAUAUGCCUUUACACGGGUUACAGGGCCUUACAACCGAUAUAUCUAACUUCACACCAUUGUUGGUUACCUCAUUUGAAGAAACACCUUGUCAGUAGGGUAGUUUUUCUUUCGCUUUUGGGGAAGUCAAGGGUGGAGAAGAAAACAGUGUUUUUACGAAACUCAUCAGUGGAAAAAGCCUCAGCACACCAGCAAAAAGAGGUAAUCUCACUAGCGCACUUAUUUUCCGCUGAUUUUUAAGUGGUCACAGAUGGCACGUAGGAAACAAGACCAAAGCAUCCUAUGCAAAAACAAAAACAAAAAAGUGUUUCACGAUUUACAUUUGAAAACACUGGCUCCAUCACUGAGAGAGAUAAUCUGCAAAUGGAUUAUUUUUUUUUUUUCUUACAGUUUUGCACAUCUGUGGCCACUUUUAAUGCCAUCAAGUUUGCAUAGUCAUGGAAUAGGAGCAAAAAAAAAAAACCCUAAAAAAAUAAUACUGUAGUAUUACAACUGCAGGAAUCUUAAAAUAACAUCUGGUGCUGAAUCUACGAUGUACUGAAAUACUGGAAUUAUGGCUUUUUAACACGCAGUUUUUACUGUAAUCUUAUUAGUGUCUUGAUUUUAUUUAACAAAGUAGAUAAGUAUAAAACGUAACGAAUAGACAGCAAAACACUGAAUUUGUUUGGAUAUUCUAAAACCAUGGUGCUAUCUAAGAGAAUGGUGUCUUUAUUUUAACAGUCGAACAGUUAAUGCCUUUAUAACAAAGUGUCGAUGAUGUAGUCAGAUGUUCUUCAACAACAGGGAGGACCUUUUCAUUCAUUUAUGUAUUGAAUUCACCUGGUGUUAAAAUAAGCUUACUUUUUAACAUAUGGGAAUUACAAAGACCUCUGGAUUUUGCUCAUCCAGUCAAGUCCUAGAAAAGGACGAUAAACUAGAGAGAGAGAGAUAUUUUUUUUUAAACAGUGUUUCAAAAGCACUUUGUCUACCUAAGCUUGGCAACUUGAACAAUGCUAAGGUACUAAGACAUUAAAAAAAAAAAAAAAAAAGAGUUUACUUUGAUUUUAAAAUGCAAAGAUAAUUUUUUUAAACUAAAAAAAGCUUUUAAAUACUUUUGGUUUAGCCAUGCAUCUGCUAGUGGCCUACAUAUCCAUUUUUAAUACAGUCAGUUAUGGUAAAAAUGGGGCUUACUGGAUAUAAGGGAAUACUUUAGUACACAAAACACAUGUUUUUCUGGUGCUCAUCUCACACAGCUAUACUGUAAACUGUUUUCUACAAUUAUGACAAGUUCAUUGCUCAAAUAUGUACAGUUUUAAGGAAAGAUUUUAUAUUAACCACAGGUAAUAAUUAGCAGCAUGCGACAGACUACAACUAGCUAGCUUGGGCUUCUGCUGUUUUUAAAGAUCUGUAAGCUCUUCGAAUGCUGAAUGGCAGAUUGCUUUUGUGUUGAUAAUUAUGUACGUUGUGGUGUAAGUCAUUUCUCGGUGCAAGUGUCCUCUUUUCCAGGAAGAUUGAGCAGACCGAUGCCUACGCAAGAUGAAUGAAACAGGGUUAGUUCUGUGUGAUUCCGUUGAUUAAAUAGAAAAAAAAAAAAAAUAGGCAGCUGGCUUGCUGUGGUGGUUUUAAAUCAUUAAUUUCUAUUAAAAAAAAAAAAGCAGGAGAGUUGUAUAGUAAAUUAAAUUGUAAACAAAACUUUUUUUAACGCAAUGCUUUAGUAUUUUAGUACUGUAAAAAUAUUAAAUCUAUAUAUAUUUGGGUUUUGAGCUGAAUUCACAUCAUGGUGCUACUCAGCCUGCUACAAAUAUAUCAUAAUGUGAGCUAAAAAUACAUUAAAAGGUUUGAGUGAUGUUCCUACUUGUCAUAUACCUCAACACUAGUUUGGCAAUAGGAUAUUGAACUGAGUGUGAAAGUUUAUAUAUUGUAUACCAUCUUUCUCCCCCAACAGCCUUCGAAAAAAAACAAACAAAAAAAAUUUAAAAAAAUAAAACACAAAACAAAAAAUACUCUCAAUACUUGACAUUUUAGCAAGUAUAACUUGAACUUCAACUUUUUUUUUUUUUCUUGGUUCUAAAAAUUCAGGGAUAUUUCAGCUCAUGUUCUCCUAUGCCAACGUGUCACCUGUGUGUAUGUAAAGCUGUUGUAGGUUAAAUAUAUUAUUCUGGGGUUUUUUUUUGUUUUGGUUUUUUUUUUUUUUUUCCAGGGAUUUAAUGCUUUUCUUUUGAAUCCCUUCUCUAAUUUUUCUUGUACAUUUAUUGAUGGAACUAAAACUAAUUUUGUAAAUUCGUUAGCUCUUUUUAUUGUAAUGAAAGUGUUUAAGAGAUUUAGAAUGUUUUGCCUGUUUCAAAUGAAUAAACAAAAAGAAAGUAGAAUGCACUGAGCUGAUUAAAGGGAAAAAUGUAAGGCAGGGGUUUGGCAAGUGACUGUUUGCUAGAGUUGUUCAAGUCACUCUCUAAACAAGGCUUCUCGGAUACUGUAAUGAAUAAAAUAAAAUAUAAGAAGGUACAGUCUGUACAAGGGCUUCCCUAAACACGCAAACCUCCAUGUCCCAGAUAUAUCUUGUGCAAUAUACUGUAAUAUUAAGUUUGGUCGAAAGAAAUUUUAUCUACCAGAACCACAACCCAACUCGAGGAAAUCAAAGGAGGCCUUGGGGUUUAAUGGUCAGCUAUUUAUUGUGGCAAUUUUGUUUUUUAAUUCUCAGUCUGUGACUUUACCCACUGCAUUGAAACAAAAGUUUCGCCUUUAAAAAAAAAGAAAAUUAAUGAUGGUUAUGUGUCAGAUUAAUUAAAUCAUUCUAAACCUUCAUCUUUCGGUGAUUUUUUUUUUUUUUAAGUCCUACGUUACUCACGUAAUCCAUAGCAGACGUUUGGUUAAUGUGCUGUGCACCGUCAUUUGCCAAACUGCUGGCGGCAGGAGCAGGAAGCUUAGUUGGUGAAACAGUUUUGUAUUGUAAAUACCUGAACUGUAAUUUCUCGUGUACAGAACCCUGCCUCAGUUGGAACGAAUGACAAAGCAGACAUAAGAUUGCUUGUAUAGGAUUAUCAGGUUGACUAUAGCCAUACUUGAAGAUGCUUCUGAGUGGUGUCAACUUUACUUGAAUGAAUUUUUCAUCUUGAUUGACGCACAGUGGUAAAAAGUUCACUUCUAAAGCUAGUGGUUAACUUGUAUAGGAAACUUUAGCAGUUUGACACUAAGGUAAUGAACUUCUGUGUGCAUUUUCUAUGCUUAUGUUCUACUUUUUUUUUUUUUUUUACUUCAGUUUCAUCCAUUUUCAUUAAAUGUUUGGUAUGUCUAUAAAAAGAAUCCAACGAUGGUUAUAAAUACUGUAAGUAUUGUAAUGUAAUGCAGGUUAUUUGAAAGCUGUUUAUUAUUAUAUCAUUCCCGAUAACGCUGAGAUGUGGGUGUUUUUAAUAAAAUUUAUAUUUAUUUAAUGCA